AUGUUUGUUCUUUUGGUUUUUAUUGCGGCGGGCUUGUCCUAUUUAUAUUUGAAACAUGUGAACGGAUAUUGGAAGAGGAGAAAUGUUCCGGGGCCGGAACCAACAUUACUUUUCGGAAACAUUAGCGAUGUAUUUUGGAAGAAAAAGUCUAUGGGCGAAAUUUUCUAUGAUGUAUAUAGAAAAUAUGAAGAUUAUCCAUACGUCGGUGUCUUUAGAACAGUUACACCAUGUUUGAUUGCCCGCGAUCCGGACUUGAUACGUGACGUCACAGUGAAACACUUUAAAUGUUUCGAAGAUAACGAUGUGGUCGUAUCCAGUCAUGCUAAUCCUGUAAUCGGAAGGAAUCCGUUCGUGCUAAAGGGAAGCGAAUGGAAAACUGCAAGGACCAGACUCACAUCAUCUUUCACCAGCGGAAAAAUGAAGACAUUGUUUCCUUUGGUGAACGAGAACGGUAAAAAGAUGGUAAAAUACUUCGAAAAACAGUUAGAGGGGCACAAGGAAUUCGUGUGCAGGACUGAAUUUGAGAAGUUCACUCUGGAAAAUGUGGCUUCGUGUAGCGUGGGCUUGGAAGCAAAGGCAUUUGAAGACGAAUACACUGGAUUCAAAUAUAUUGCUAAUAAUUUCAUGAUUGGUUCUCUGGCUAUGUUAAAAUCGGCUUUUAUUUUUAUCUUACCUGGAUUGUUUCAGCGUUUUCGAAUUAGAGUGUUUAACUACGACGUUGAAGAAAGAACUAAAGGCAUCGUGCAAGAAGUCGCCAAAUAUCGUGCACAGAACCACAUCGAACGACCAGAUUUUUUGCAUCAAUUGCAGCAAGUUGGUGCCAAAGACGCUAGUUUUACCAUAAAUGACGUCGCCGUCGGAAUCGCCGCCAUCAUCAUGGAUGGCUACGAUACCAGUGCUAAUGUUUUCAGUUACUUAGCGUAUGAAGUUGCUCGACACCAAGACAUUCAGAAUAGGCUUAGAGAAGAAAUUGAGGAAACUUUAAAUGCUAACGACAAUGAGUUGACCUACGAUACCAUGCAGGAAAUGAAACUACUGGAGGCUUCAAUACUAGAGUGCUUGAGGUUACAUCCUAUAUUCAUGAGUCUGGCCAAAACUUGUGUACAACCAUACACUUACGAAACAUCAGAGACAUCGGUAUUUAAGAAGAUGUCAGUAACUAUUGAACCAGGAACCAUAGUGGCGAUACCAUAUGAUGGUUUGCACAGAGAUCCGAGGUUUUUUAUUCAACCCGAAGAGUAUCGUCCAGACAGAUUUUUAAAUGACGAGAAAAAUGAUCUGCCCAAGUAUGUGUUCAUGCCUUUUGGGGAAGGACCAAGAUCUUGUCUAGGACAAAGAUUUGGUGUGCUUCAAUUGAAAGUAGGACUGGUUUACUUGAUCCGGAAUUUUAGGGUGAAACUAUGUCCAGAAAGCGACGUUCCAUUAAAAGUUGAGCCGUGGCAUUUCGUUCGACACCUGUUGGUACCAUUAAGAUAACAUUAGAAAAAGUAUAAACUAUUAUUAUUGUCCAAUUAAUGAAUUCAAUAUGUCUAAACAAAUAAAUAUUUAGUUUUAAUCAAUAUGUAAACACAAUAAAAACAUUUAACAAAUGUGUUAUGUAUUAAAAAACAUUCCAU